AUGGUUGCAUUCCAAUACGGCUUUGGACAGCAUCUGUGGAAUGUGACCGUCGAACAACUGCAAGUGUACACAAAGAUGCUCGUUGGCAUAAUGGUAGUCUAUGUCUGGACGCCUGCGCUCGCAAAGCUCUCCCUGCUAGCGCUCUACUACCGUCUCAACCCGGAUUUUAAGAUUCGCUCCUGUAUCUACGCGUUAGCAGGUCUUGUAUCUGGGUAUUCGCUAGCAAUCACCAUUGUCGCGGCCGGCCCUUGCAACCCACAAUACCAUAGCGACCAGAAAUGCCUUACAGACCUUAAUCUUUUCAUGGCAUGCAUCAACAUUAUCACAGACUUCUUGAUCCUGUGCCUGCCAGUACCGAUGCUACGCGCCUUGCAGCUACCGAUGAAACAAAAAGUCUUACUGGGAUUAGUGUUCGCGUUGGGGUCCGGCGUGGUUGUCAUCUCCACUGUUCGUAUCAUUUACGUCUACAGCAUGAUCAGCAAUCCCGACUCAACUUACAAUAUCGCCAAAGCUUGUAUCUUCUCGACGAUUGAACUCAAUGGUGGCGUCAUUUGCGCGUGUGCGGCACUCCUGAAGCCCUUUAUCCAACGACAUAUGCCAUGGAUACUGUCUCUCUCGAGUCGGAAUGGAAGCGGAAAUCGUUCCAGGGUUCGGAAAUUCAAGAUGUUCAAGAAGCACAGCAAUGGGAGAAAGUUUGAGCUACGUAGCACAAACGCAGAAAAGGACACGCGCAAGCAGGCCACCAACAAAUUGAAUCGUCAGAUCGAAGUGACCCGAUCGUACAGCGUUCGAGAUUCGAAGACGGGGAAAGACAAUGGCGACAGCAUGGAUGAUUUGUUUGGACCAACUGCCAGCUGGAACGGGGGUCGGUAG